GACUAUUUAUAAAGUAUUAGGUAAUGUAAAGAAUGUUAGUGUAUCGAAUUUUAUCAAAAGGUCACGGCAUUAUAAUGGACCAGUACACUACAUGUCCAGCUAUGCGAAAUACGCCGAACAUAAAGAACUUACCAAAAUUAGAAACAUAGGAAUUUCAGCUCAUAUAGAUUCAGGUAAAACAACUUUAACAGAACGAAUCCUGUAUUACACUGGACGGAUAGAAGCAAUGCACGAAGUCAGGGGAAAAGACAAUGUUGGGGCUACAAUGGAUUCCAUGGAAUUGGAAAGGCAAAGAGGAAUUACUAUACAAUCAGCAGCUACCUAUACUCUAUGGAAAGAUCAUAAUAUUAAUAUUAUAGAUACUCCUGGACAUGUCGACUUCACUGUAGAAGUAGAGAGAGCAUUGCGAGUGCUAGAUGGGGCAAUUCUAGUGCUUUGUGCUGUUGGAGGAGUUCAAAGUCAAUCUCUUACAGUUAAUAGGCAGAUGAAAAGGUACAAUGUACCUUGUCUCGCUUUCAUUAAUAAGUUGGACAGAUUAGGAGCUAAUCCUAAAAGAGUUCUUUUACAAAUGAGGUCUAAAAUGAAUCACAAUGCUGCUUUUAUCCAGUUACCAAUUGGAACUGAAAGUAAUUGCAGAGGUAUCAUCGAUUUAAUAACAUGCAAAGCUAUUUACUUUGAUGGUGAUUUUGGAGAACAGAUUCGAUAUGAUGACAUUCCUAAAGAUAUGAUAACAGAAAGUGAAGAAAGGCGGCAUGAACUGAUAGAACAUUUAUCAAAUUGUGAUGAUAAUUUAGGUGAAUUAUACUUAGAAGAAAAAUCGAUAUCAGAAAAUGACAUCAAAGCUGCUGUUCGUAGAACUUGUUUAAAACGUACUUUUACACCAGUUUUGGUUGGAACUGCCUUAAAAAAUAAAGGUGUACAACCACUAUUAGAUGCUGUUCUGGACUAUCUGCCUAGUCCAGGAGAGGUUCCCAACUAUGGUCUAAUAGAGAAAAAUGACGAAGAACCCGUAAAAAUUCUUCUAGAUUCGACAAGGAGUGAUGAGAAGUGUUUUGUGGCUUUAGCUUUCAAACUAGAAGCUGGUCGAUUUGGUCAGUUAACAUAUAUGAGGUGUUAUCAAGGAAUGCUUAAAAAAGAAUGACAAUGUUCUAUGUUGGGUGGGAUCAGA